CCUGGGGAGACUAGGAGUCGGACUCCUAUCUGGCCAUCCGCUUGCCAACCGUCUGAGUCAGGCCCCUCUCGAAAGAGUACCCUGAUAGUAUCUGCUAAGCUCAAAGCUAAACCGUCCGAGUCAGGCGCCUCUUGGAAGAGCAUUGCUGAUAUCAAUAGUAGCUGCUAAACAGUCUGAGUCAGGCCUCUCAUUGCAGGCUUUUGUUGAUGUCCAGGCCAGAUGGUCGGAAACUGUAUAGUAUAAAAGAAGGUCCUGCCGCCUCAUUUGAUCAGUCCCCAAGUUCUUCUUACCCAAGUUCUUCUUACCAUCUUUUUAGCAUUCUCAAGUAGCUUCCAGCUCACUGAGGCGUUCUAGCGUAGCCAGGACUCUCUGAGUAAGUUAGACCUGCAAAUGGUUGCCAGCAGAGGACAGACGUACAUCUCUCCAGCUGCGCACCCUGUUGGCAGGAGAUGCUUUAGCCAGCUCGCUCCCUGUCAAGGAUUUUGGAAGCCACGUGUCUUGCUCUAGGGACUUAAUUGCUCCACAGACUUAAGAAGCGCAGCCAGAAGGAGGUAUGCAGAUUCGGAUCAGCUGGUGAAUUGCGGGUCCUGCACUGCUAAGCUGAGCUGCCAGUUUGACUUCACUGCCGAGCUGAGCUGCCAGUUCCAUUUUGCAUUUGCACUGGCAGUGAAAGCUUCUAUCCAGCUCAGCUGAGCAGCCAUUUCCUUUUGCAAAUGUCAUUCGGGAGCCAGUACGUCUGUCCAGCUGUGCAGCCUACAGUCAGCCGCUAGUGAUCGAGCUCCAGCACUAGUUUGCCAGUGACAAGCGCCAGAAGCGCGCGCCAGACAAGGCAGAGCUCCCGGAAGGUCUUUCGAGGUCGAAUUAAGCUUUCAUCAGCGUGGGGGCAGCUUCGUCAAACAACUUGCAGAAGAGCACCAUUAAGCUUGCAACUGGGGGCUGUUGGGCAUGGCUUCCGACCUGCGAUUCCACUGGGAAAGUGAUCCUUCAUCCUCUGAAGAAUCGGAAGGAGAGGACAUCGAAGGUGUCGAGUAUGCGCCCCGCUCUGUUGACGGCUCCAACUCUGGACGCUCACUGGAGCAGUUCCUUCGAGACGAAGACUCUGCCAGCAUCCAAGGCCCGUCCUUCUAUAGGGCGUUGGACAACGAGAAAAGCUUCAGCCCAGCUCAGCUGCCACGCGGUCUCUCAAGUUUGUUCGGCAAGAAGAGACCUGCUGCGGGGUAUCAGCCUACGUCUCCGUUUGCCUGGUCCUACGGCAGUGCCUUCGGAAAGCAGACCUGCGUAACACGAGUGCCAAGGAACCCCAAGAUCCUGACUCUCCUCUCCUUCGGCGCCGGAUGCGCUGCUCUUGGGGUCACUUCAAUCAAAGGCCUGGUCUGCGACACUCAAUACAGCGCUACUCAAAGUUUCUGUUUUUCAUGCUAAGGUCGCGGGCUCUCUAGCAUUCAUAGAGUGGGCUGCCAUGCUGCCGUCCGUGACAGGUUCACUCAUGACCGUCUUGCGAGAAAGCUUCUGAAAAACGGUUCUCCAGGUUCGACACUUUGAAUGAUGUCAAGAAUCCAAAAUGGAGCACGGCUUGAGAGCUGUGCAUCUCUCGAAGUGAGCUUGCCGAACCAGAAUACACUGCUCCCGAGAAGAUAGUACUAGUACGGCCAGAGGAUCCGUUUGCAGGGGAACUGGUAUGUGUGCAAAAGGGAGUAACUCGUAUUCACAAGUCUUUGGAUGUCUCUUCCCAUAGGCGUCACUCUCAAAUCUCGUGGCUGCACGUGCC